CGCUCACACGAGAAACCCAAAGCAGAACCCACCCACCUACCCCGAAGCCAAGAAAGGCCGCGACACCAGAGCAUGGAGGUCGCCGCGGCGAAGCCCGUCCUCCGCGUGGCCGCCGUCUGCGGCUCCCUCCGCAGGGCGUCCUACAACCGCGGCCUCCUCCGCGCCGCGGCGGAGGUGUGCGAGGAGUCGGUCCCGGGGAUGCGCGUGGAGCACGUGGACAUCUCCGCGCUGCCGCUGCUCAACACCGACCUCGAGACGCCCGACGGGGGCUUCCCGCCCGCCGUCGAGGCCUUCCGCGACCGCAUCCGCGCCGCCGACUGCUUCCUCUUCGGCUCGCCAGAGUACAACUACUCCAUCGCAACCCCUCUGAAGAAUGCACUUGACUGGGCUUCUAGGGGAAACAAUUGCUGGGCAGACAAACCUGCUGCCAUUGUCAGCGCAGGAGGUGGCUUUGGAGGAGGUAGAUCGCAGUACCAUCUCCGGCAAGUCGGGGUGUUCUUAGAUCUUCAUUUCAUCAACAAGCCAGAGCUGUUCGUCCAAGCAUUUCAGCAGCCACCCAAGUUCGACAGCGAUGGAAAUCUGAUUGACGCUGAGAUCAGAGAGCGGAUCAAGAAAGUGCUCUUGUCCCUCCAGGCCUUCACACUCAGGAUCCAGAAUAAGGAUUGAAGCAACACAGGGCUGUGUUAAUCUGCAUAUUUUUUACUUUGGUUAUUUGUGCUCUGGUUAUUGUAUAAUAUAUGCCUUAUUUGACGACAUUUUUACUUCACAUUCAGAUUCCUGUGAUGUGUUGUCAGCAGAAUGAAAUCUGUAAUAAAUCUGCUGCUCUACUGUUUGUGGAGGGUUUCUUUUCCGUGUAAUGAUACAUGGACGCUUUCUCCUCUGUAAAGCAUUAUGAGGGUUUA